CAGCCCCCGCCCUGGCGCGGGAGCGCAACCGAAAAACACAAAAGGAGAAGAGUUUGCGUGGGCUGGCGGCCGGGGCGGGCCGGGGGGUGGAGCCGAGCCUGCCGUCCCGCCCGAGCCGGAGCCCCGAGGAGGCCGAGCCCCGAGUCGCAGGGGCCGCGGCGGCCCGGGAGGCGGCGGCGACGCGGCGACAUGGCCAUUGUCUCAGAGGGUGACUUUUGUCACAGUACAAACUCCGCCUACAGAACCACAAGCAGCUCCCUCCAAGCUGACCAGGAGGCGCUGCUUGACAAGUUGCUGGACCACCCGCCACCGCCUGGCCUGCAGAGGCCCGAGGACCGCUUCAAUGGUGCCUACAUCAUCUUCUUCGUCAUGGGCAUCGGCGCCCUGCUGCCGUGGAACUUCUUUGUCACUGCCAAGGAGUACUGGAUCUUCAAACUCAGCAACUCCUCCAGCACAGCCGCACAGCAGGGUGCAGCGGGCUCAGACAUCCUGAACUACUUUGAAAGCUACCUUUCCAUCGCCUCCACCGUGCCCUCCGUGCUGUGCCUCGUGGCCAACUUCCUGCUGGUCAACAGGGUGCCAGUCCGCGUCCGAGUCCUCACCUCCCUGGCCAUCAUGCUGUCCAUCUUUGUGGGGAUGACCAUGCUGGUGAAGGUGGACACGUCCUCCUGGAACCGUGGCUUCUUCGCGGUCACCCUGGUCUGCAUGGCAAUCCUCAGCGGCACCGCCACCAUCUUCAACAGCAGCGUCUUCGGCAUGACCGGCUCCUUCCCUAUGAGGAAUUCCCAGGCACUGAUAUCAGGAGGAGCGAUGGGGGGCACCAUCAGCGCCCUGGCCUCACUGGUGGACCUGGCGGCAUCCAGCGACGUGACCAACAGCGCCCUGGCCUUCUUUCUGACAGCGGACGCCAUCCUCGCGCUCUGCAUUGGCCUCUACCUCCUGCUGCCCCGGCUGGAGUAUGCCAGGUACUACAUGAGGCCUGCCCGGCCAGCCCACCUGUUUCCUAGUGAAGAGGAGCAGCCCAAGGACUCCCCCGACGCCCCCUUGGUGGCCCCCAGGUCCAACAACUCCCACACGCCACCCCUGCGCCCCAUCCUGAAGAAGACUGCCGGCCUGGGCUUCUGUGUCAUCUACCUCUUCUUCAUCACCAGCCUCAUCUUCCCCGCCAUCGCUGCCAACAUCGAGUCCCUCAGCAAGGGCUCGGGCUCACUGUGGGCCACCAAGUUCUUCGUCCCCCUCACCACCUUCCUCCUGUUCAACUUUGCUGACCUGUGCGGCCGGCAGAUGACCGCGUGGGUGCAGGUGCCGGGGCCCAGAAGCAAGCUGCUCCCUGGGCUUGUGCUCACGCGGACCAUCUUCAUCCCCUUUUUCGUGUUCUGCAAUUAUCAGCCCCGUGUCCACCUGAGGACAGUGGUCUUUGAGUCAGAUGUCUAUCCUGCACUCUUCACCUCCCUGCUGGGGCUCAGCAAUGGCUACCUCAGCACCCUGGCUCUCAUGUAUGGUCCCAAGAUCGUGCCCCGGGAGCUGGCCGAGGCCACGGGCGUGGUGAUGUCCUUUUACCUGUGCCUGGGGCUGGCCUUCGGCUCAGCCUGCUCUGCCCUGCUUGUGCACCUCAUCUAGGAGGGGAGCAGUGAGAAUAUCAGGGCCAGGUGACCCUCUGGAGCCUCUGCAGGGUGGCAAGGAAGUGCUGGGGGGCUUGGGUGGUGGGGAAGAAGGGGCUGCAGUUUGGCUCGGUGCAGAGGGCAGAGUACACUCAGGCCUCACUUCUGCCCCCAGAGGACUGAUGAACCAUCUCCGAGUGUGAGGCAGGGACAUUCUGGACACUUUAACAGAUCCCUCGCAAGACAUCUGAAUAAGACCAACAAGGACACAUUUACGACAGUGACAAAGCGGGGGCUUCACUUUCAGAGCUGAUGGGAACGUUCUGCUCUUCUUCAGAGCUGAGUGCUGGGUUCCAGCUCUUCUAAAAGGUGUUGGCAGCGUUUGACCUCUGUGUCGGUACUGGUGCCCAAAUCUAACAAUAGGUUCUCUGCCUUGGGAUGGCCAGUCCCUUAGGCCUAAGAUCCAAGCCUGCACAGACCUCUGCAUUCUGCAGCUGAGAGAUCUCCCACCAACUGGACUGCAGAACCCGGUCAGACAGGCCUUCCAGAAAUUCUUCAUUCCAUAGACUCUGGCUCCAGAUGCCCCCGUGUUGGGGACUGACAGGGCCAGGUCUGGGUUUUCAAACUGGGUUCCUUAAAGCGGUCUAUGGCCUGGGCCAGGGCAAGGUCUUUUUAUGUUCAUGUUUAUAACAGGUCAAGGCCAUGGUUUCAAGCCUAUAAUAAAUAUUUCAGUGGUGUC